AUGCCGUCGCUACUCGUCCACUCGCUGUUUGCGCGCCAGAAUCCGCUGGAUGAGGCCAAGAACACGCUCAGUUCAUGGGACAACUGCAUGGCCAAGGCCUACUGCAACGGCAGUGGUGGAAGAGGCCACAAACGCGUCAAGAGCGAUCCCGCCGCCCCGUAUCCCACGCCAUAUGGAGCGCCUCCUCCGCCCAUGAACCCCUACAACCAGAACCCCUACGCCCAGGCGCAUGCCGCUGCGCCGCCGCCUCCGCCCAUCGACACCCGCCCGGUGAACCAGCAGUAUCGCUCCAACGCCAUGCCCACCUUCGCGCCAGCCGCGCAGCCCGAGAGACCGCAGUUCGCGACUUUCGAUUCGACAAGAGCCGUCGUCAACGAAGAUUCGCUUCCCGCAAUGCCCACGUGGAAAGACGGGCGCGACGUCCACGUCCAAGUCGAGGAACAACCCAUGCCCCAGAAACAAGGCGACAUGGAGAUGGACAGGCUAGACCGCAACGGCAGUCCAAUCAGUGGAUCAAUGGCAGGCGUAGCAGCGGCAGCCGUGCCCACACAAAGACGAUCGCCUGGCCCGGGCCGGUCCCCGGUAUCGCCAAUGGACAACUACGGUCAGGGCUACCCUCAAAGCGGCUAUCAAAACGAUUCAUUCGUCAGCGAAGGAGCCCCGUUGAACGGCCAGGGUGCAUACGGCCGACCAUACGCGCAGCAGGACGACUACCGCAGAGGUUCGCCAGCGCAUAACCUAUCACCAGUCUACAGCGCAAACGAAGGAUACGCACCACAGCAGCCGCAGCAGCAGCAACAACCCUACGGCCGCCGCUCGCCAGGCGCGCCCCAAGCCUACGACUCCCACGACCAGCUCAGUCAAUACAACCAGCAACCUCCCUACAACCAACAACCUUCCUAUAACCAACAACCUUCCUACAAUCAACCACAAACCUACGACCAGCGCGACUACUACGACGAACCCGACCACCGCCACCAAUCCCCCUCACCACCUGCCGCGAACCCCUACGCCUACAACAACGACCCCUCCCCGUCGUACGGUACCUACACGCCCCCACCAGCACCCGCAGCGUUGCAACCCGGCUACGCAGCCUCAGAGUCAACAAACCAUGGCUCUUUCACAAAUGCGGCGCCAGCAUACCCAGGGCAGAGGUCGUAUACGCCGGUGGCUGGAAGUGUGGGGCAGCAGCAGCAGCCAUAUCGCGCUUUCACACCGGGCGCGGAACAGCAACAACAACAACAACCGCAGCAGCAGUAUACUGGGGUUAGUAGGAAACCUGUUGACGGGUCUUUUAGGGAAAUAUAG